ACACUUCUCAUGGACUACUCUAGUGGCAACAGAGCAUGCGACAAGAUAUUUCAACAGCAAAUACUUUUUUAUGAGAUGGAGACAAAGAAUCAAGCGUCGCUACUUAUGUCAUAUUAUCGAUGGAGAAGAUCUAUAGUAAACAAAGGCUACGAAGUAGACUCCGAUAGGCAUCGUCAAUUGGCGUAUUUUGGACUUUGGAAGAUUGGAGUUAUUGCACGAUAUUUUCGAACCCUCCAAAACUAUGCACAUAAACGAAAAGAACAAAGACAGAAAGCUGAAUUGUUCUAUAAACGGUUAUUGGCGCAGAAGACAUUAUUAGCCUUGAUUUCUCACUCUUUAAACAGCAAGGUGAUGGUUGAAUGCGAUUCUCUCAAAGAUGUGAGUCAUAGAAAGCCCCCAAGAGAACUUCAUAGAAAGGGGAAUUGGAAUGUCACAGGAAACAGAGGAAAGUCCUUUCCACAAUACAUUCUGACUAUGGGAGCAUGGAUAGAAGCUCUCGAAGCUAGAGCAGAAAAAUAUUUUCAAAGAAAAUUGAUUUUAAGAGUGUUUCAUCUUUGGCUGAUGUAUUUUCAUUGUGCAAAGAUUUCUUCAAGAUGCAAAGAUAAGGUAACAUUGAUUUUUUCAUCAAGAACAGUCCCCAGUCGACUUGUUCAGAAAACAUAUUAUGAAACUUCAGUAGAGACUGUUUUGCCCGUGAUAACCUUUGACCAAAUUGCAUUUCGAUGUCAAAGAACACAAAUUACUUUGUUAUGGAAGAUAUGGAUCCAAGGCAUUGAAGACAUUCGAGAAUGCAAACAUUUAUGGGCAUCUUCUUGGAAGCAAUUGAGAGAUAUGAUUCACAACAAUCAGGAAUUCCGAGAAAAAUCACUGCAGUUGCCAUUGAAAAGUUCAUGGAUAAAACCUGCGGUGCAGAGAAGGCAAGAAAAUGUAUUGCAAAGAUGGAUGGAUCUUCGAAUAUUUUAUAAAAAACAAUAUAUUUGGAACUGUAUGAAACUGGUUCUCUUAGAUAAGCAUUUCAACAAUCGACUAGCUAAGAGAAUAUAUGAUAUAUACCUUUUAAGAAUGGGUCUCAAAGCACUCUAUCAAUUCGCGUUUGUGAAGAUGCCUUAUACUUUUAUACUGAAUGAGGACGAGACAGCAGUCCGAUAUGCAGAUGAGAUUGACAAGAGGAAGCGGAAGAGCAAAUACUUCCUAUUUUGGAAAACUAUAACAAAAAUGCACAGGGAAAGACGACAGUUGGCUAUUGAAAAUGUGCAGCGGCAUCGUAAGAUUUUCCUAUAUACCAAAGCCAAAUGGGCUCUACAGCAUUAUGUCAUAAACAUUCGAUAUAGCGAGAGACUUAUUAUGACGAGAGCCAAGAACAUUCGUCAAUCUGGCGUCUUUAGAAUUCUCCAAAGUUACUACAAGUUUCGUUCCAACUAUAGCAGCUCUUUACUGGCUAAAGUUUCUCGUUCCUCUCUUCGAGUGGGUGGUCGCUAUGACAUACGCAGAACUUUGGGCAAAUUGGUUCAUGUGUUUCAUUUACCUUUGUAUAAUGCUGGAAUAACCCAAAAAUAUUCCAAUUAUAUCCAACUGUGGAAUAAGUUGUUGUUAGAAUCAUCUACUUUGAGAGCAUUGAAAUUACAUCACAUACAAAGGCUUCAUAAAGGAAUCAUCUUCUCUUCUCUGAUGUAUCUAUUGUGUGAUGACUUGAGAAGAUUGUCACUUUUGGAAUUGAGAGCUUUUGUGAAUACCAAAAAGCGUAGACGUCGUUUAUAUAACAGAGCUCUUGAAUUUAAUCAAAACUGCUUACUGAAUCGUAUGUUUGUCACAUGGAGAAAGAAUGCUCAAUGGAUGGUUGCAGAGCGUCAAGCAACUCAAGUUGCGAUUGAGUUUUCAAGACAUAAGAGUUCAUCUUAUUGGAUGCCAAAAUGGAUAAAGUGCGUUCGAUAUCGAAAACUUGUGGAAACCCAGAUAUCCAACAGACGACAGACCUUUGUACGAAAAUGGAGCUUUAUGUUAUUGAGAAUUGAAACCCUUGUUGGUAUUUAUUCCCAAAAAUCUAAACAAAGGCCUGUUAGAAGAGUAUUUCGUGCUUUCCAACAAGUCCUUCAAGAAGAAAGCAAACAGAGAAAGCUGUUAUUGAUUCAAGAACUCAAAUCCAAUAGAAUUUUCGAAACACAUUUGAGAAGAAUGAUGGACGGAGCUACGUUUUGCGUCUAUCGCAACUCUCCUUGUCGAAAGACGGAUGUUCAUUUUCAUUUGGACGAACAUUUAGAAUUCUUAUAUUCAACAAGAAAAGAACUAUGUUUUUCUCUAGUUUCCAUGUUGGAGUUGGAAUAUGGAACAGAUUCAUCCAACUAUUUGGAACAUUUACGAAAAGGCGGUAUUCUAGCACAUGAGUCUUGGCAAUGCUUUUCUAUAUUUCUUCGCAAUAGGAGCGAAGCAAUCUGCCUAGCGACUGAUAAUGAAAGAACACUCGAAUCUUGGUAUAUGGGGUUGGUACAUAUCAUGGAAAUAUUGCAAAGGAAAACGAGAACAUUCUCUUUCAAAGCGAUGAGAGGAAGAAUGAAACUUGAUAAAUUGUGCAAACAAAGAAACUGUUCUCUAGCAAGGCUACUUUUAGAAAAACAUUUGAAAUCAACAGAGUCGAAAAGAGUGGCACCGACACUGGAACAUUCAUUGGUAUCCGAGGCUCCGCUGGAUAUGCUAUCUUCUCAAACUCAUAAUGGACAACAAGGAUUACAUUACAAAAUAAUGGCUCAAGCACUCUUUAGUCCAGAAUUAUUGAUUCAAGAACUAAAUGAACAACUUUUAAAGAAGGAUACCAUUCAAUUGCAGGGACCAGUAUCCUUUUAUUUGGAAUCCGAUAAAAUACACACCAACAAAUGCAAUCAAUAUCAAGCUGAAGAAAUUCAAUCGUGGUUGCAAGCUGAUGCAAGAAUUCUUCGAGUAACUGUUCAAUGUGAUAUUGCGCCUGUUCAGGAGCCUUGUAUAGUAGAAGAAGAACAAGUCACUCCUUUGCCUCUUGCGCCUUUAGAAGAUCUCACUCCUCUACCUGAAGAUGAACCCAUCUCUUUUGCUUUGAGCAAAACAGUUUCCUAUAUACAUUCUGGACGCGUUCCCUCACUUGUACCUUUUGCAAGAGUACGUCUCGUCGUUCCAGGUUCACCUUCCAACGCGUCAGGAUUAAUAGAAGAUGACUAUAUAUUAUCUCUUGGUAGACUACGCUUUUAUAGAGACUCCCGUGGCGUACCUUUUGUACUUGGUUGUAAUAUAAGUCUUCAGAAUAUUUCUAGAUGGGUUGAAAAGGAGUGCCACCAAUAUCAAAAUGGAACUUUACAAUUAGUGGUUCUAAGACGCCUUGAAUAUUAUCCCGAAGAAUCUGAAGAAGUGAUAGAGGAAUGGCGGACGUUUCGAUUGCAAGUACUUCCAAAAGCAAGUCCUAGAUACCAUGGUUUACUUGGUGCAACAUUCGACUUUGAUAUUCUCAAGCAGCAGUUUCAGGAACCUUCCAAAAAUAUCCCAUUUGCCAUGGUUACUCUUGUGCAACCUGGUUCUCCUGCCGCAGAAGCAGGUUUCCAGCCUAAUGAUCUUAUCCUUCAAUAUGGCUCCGUUUGUUUUACAACACAAGACCAUUAUGAGAAUGCUCAACAGUUGAUUCAAGAGAGUUUGAAUGCACAGACAGAGGAAGCCAUCGUUGUUGUUGUUCUUCGGUCCAACAACGAAGGCUUAGAUAACCAUUAUGAUGCACCUCUUUGUAUGUAUCGUCUGUUAAUAACACCCAGUCUUCAUUAUUAUCGUUGGGAAGGUAUUCAUGGAAUGCAAUGGAGUUUCUUUUUAGCUCCCUCUGUGAUUGGUACUAUGGACAAUGAAAGUCAAAGUGUUGUUGAUACCUGACGACAUUGUGAUAAGAUAUCGAGUGUUUGCUGAUUUUCUGAAUCAAAUUGCAGCAGAUAGAAAGUUGGCAGGGCUCAUUUGUGUAUAUAAAAAGGUCGACAAAUAU